AUGGCUCCUCUAACUCGCCGCCGCCUCCUAGUCGUCGUCGUCCUCCUCUCCGUCCUCGCCGUUGCCGCUCUGCCAGCGGCGGCCGCAGCAACCUCGUGCAGGGCGUGGCUGGUGCAGUCCAUCCCCACCGACAUGCCCCACCUCCGCCGCGUCCCGGGGGUCCUCUCCACAGCGGACGUGCUCCAGUGGCUCUCAGGGAAUGCGACGAAGAACCUGGAUAUCCUUGCGCAGUACUGGCAGUUACUAGCGCAGCCAAAGAACCCAAAAUCAGGGGACUACGGGUUCUCCGAGAGUGACAUGGCAAGAUUUGGGGCCGAACAGGGGCUCCAGGUUUACAAGGCACUGGAGAAUGCUGCAGAUCGUAAGGUCAAAAUCAGGAUUGUGCAGCACUCUGGAUUUGCACCUGAAUUCGACCAAGAGAGCGCUGAUCUCGCUGCAGGAAGACCAAAUGUUCAGAAUGCAACCUUGCUUUUUGAGGAUUGGUGGGGAUCUGGCGUUCUGCAUGCAAAAGUAUGGAUAUCCGACAAAAAAGAUUUGUAUAUUGGAUCUGCAAACAAUGAUUGGAAGUCCCUCACCCAGGUGAAGGAGCUUGGGAUUUAUUUUACUAGUUGUCCACAGAUAGCAAAAACUGUUGAAGUAUAUUUUCAAAAUCUUUGGACACUUUCAACGCUGAAUUCAACCACUUACACUAAAGUUGCCUUGGAUAAGCAGUGGCAGACUUCUAGAAAAGUGCCAUGCUGGUCGCAUUUCCUACAACCAAAAGAUAGAUGCAGGUCACCACUGCCCCUUUCUGUCGAUGUCCCAUAUGUGGAUGGCUAUCCAUCACUUGCCAAUCCUAAACUGCUUGAUGUUUUAAUCGAAACCCCUGGGCUCAAGAGUUCCAAUAAAGAACACUACUUCAGCUAUCUUUCGUUUGCUCCACCUGAGCUGUCAUUUGACAAGUUCCAGGCAGAUGAGCAAGGUUGGGUUGACACCAUCAAAUCUGUCAAUUCUGGGGGAAUGGUGCGGAUAAAUACUAUGGAUUGGCUUGGACAGUCGCAAUAUGCUCCUCAAACUGUGUUCUGGCCAUCGUUGUCAUCAGCUAUAUCUGAGGUAAUAAUCUCCAAGAACGCAACUGUGAGGAUCCUUGUCGCCUACUGGACACACUUCAUCCCGAACACCGAAAACUACCUGAAGAGCCUCCUAUACUCAAACAUCCUCUGCGCAUCCUCCAAGUACAACCACUGCGGUGGCAAGGUCGAGAUCAGGUACUACGUGGUUCCUGGGUACAACUCUACCGGGCCCGCGUUGUCCCAGGGCGCCGCGACAGGGAACCUUUACCCCGACUUCACCCGGGUGAACCACGGCAAGUACGCCGUCAGCGACACGAGGGCCAACAUCGGCACCAGCAACCUCAUCUGGGACUACUUCUACACCACAGCCGGGGUGAGCUUUGGGACGUACAACCCCUCCAUCGUCUCGCAGCUGCAAGAUGUGUUUGAUGCGGACUGGGAUUCUCCGUAUACUGUACCGGUUAAACCUCUGCAGGCAUCGGUGUAGGAUCAGGCGAUGAUAUCGUUUCGAUCUUUUCUGAACCUGCUGUCAGUAAAGCACAUCGGGGGAGUGGAUUGGGGAGUUUUAAAAUAACAUUGAUACUACAAGCGGGAACUACACGCAACAUUUUUUCUCGAGAACCUCCAAAGACAGGGGAGUUCUUGCAAUGCAUAGAGAAGAACUAACUGGCGCAGUUCACAACGAAAGCUGGGACGAAGAAGUGGGGGAUGACUCUGACAAUGAGCAAGCGUCCUGAGGGGGCGUCGCUGUUCCUCGUCCUGUGAAGCAUUUAUGUUUGUUUUGUUUCCUGUAGAGAGAAUAAGUCAGUGCAUCGAUGAUUGUAAUCCCGAAAUGUAAAUAUAGAUGUAUCUUGCACUGCCUACAAUUUCUUUGGUUUGCUUCACUUCAUUUA